GCCUGGAGGAAGGUGCAUGAGCACCUCCAACUACUCUCUAGAGCAGCAAUCUGAAGACAGGAACUGGGCUUCAAGCACACAAAGCCAUGGCAACAGCAAAGGGCAUCCCUGAUGAGCCUCAGCUAAGAAGCAGAAGGAGGCAUGAUCUCCAGGAGAUGCUGACAGAAAUGGGACUGUCUGUUGACUACUGGCUGCCGAAGCUUCAGGAAGACCUGGGUGUGACCUCUGCUCAGGCCUUACAGUAUUUAGACAAGAGUGACCUCGAGAAGCUGAAGUCCCAGACACAACACACAUGGGAGAAAAGGGCUCUGGAGAAGUUGCUGGACCUCUCACAGCCAAACAGUAUUAGAGAGCUGCAGGAGACUCCAAGGAAGAUGAUAAAUAACAGGCAGAGGCAGGCAGGCCAGGCACUGCAGGCUCUGAGAGCCUUGCAGUCAGAUGGAAGGCACAGAGAGGAAGAGGCAGUGAGGAGAAAAGAAGCAGAGCUGAGACAAGCAAUGGAGAUCCCUGAGGAGUGCUGGCCAACGGAAGAAGUGCCCCUAAAAGACAUCACUGAAAUAAUGGAGAGACAUCUCAGUCACAUGGAACAGACCCUGACUCACAGUCAAAAUCUCUCAGAUGGAGACCUGGUAAGAUGGGCAUCUGGAGGGCUGGCCCUGCAGGGAAUUUAUAAAACUAACCACCCAAGAAGCCUGAUUCAGAAGAGAGAAGAGCUACUCAGUGUCCCUAAGCAGUUCUCACUUGUUGGCCCAGAACAUGGCACAGAGAUAAAAACAAAGGAAUUUUCAUCUUUUCAAGAACAAGCCAAGUUUACACAGACUAUUGAGAUGAUGGGUUUCAGUUCAACCUCCUCGGUGAAAGGCGAGGGUUGGGGUCUUAGCCUAGAAGCUGGUAUGGGGAAAAACAAACAGAACAAAUCAGAGGAUACACACCAAACACAUUCAGAGCAAACUUAUUUCUGCUCAGCCAGGUUCAACUACAUCCCAUUGGCCACCUGCCACUUUCACAUCAAUGACCUUCAGCUCUCCAAGGCUGCUCUCCAGGAACUAAAAAGUAUUGAAGAACUCCUGGAGCAGACUGCACACCACCAAGAUGGGUUCCCCUUACUGAGGCAUAGGGCUGAAAACUUUUUCCACAGGUUUGGCUCUCAUGCUAACCAAGGCCCGCUGCAACUGGGGGGAAUCUACUGCUGGAAA